AUGUUAGCAACAAAAAUAGUCUCCAAUGGAAUCAAAUACUCCACUCUUCCGAAGAGUUAUGUCCGGCCGGCACUGGAACGACCAAAACUGUCCGAGGUCGCCAACUGUGAAACUGUUCCGGUAAUUGAUUUGGACUGUGAAGAUGAAACCUUAAUAAUCCAACAAAUUGGAGAUGCCUGCCGUGAUUAUGGAUUUUUUCAGGUGAUAAAUCACGGAGUAUCAGAAGAAAUAAUGGAGAAAAUGCUGAAGGUGGCCGAUGAAUUUUUCCAUUUACCAUUGGAAGAAAAAAUGAAAUUAUAUUCAGAAGACCCUUUCAAGACUAUAAGAUUGUCCACAAGUUCUAACGUGAAGAAGGAGACAGUUCAUAAUUGGAGAGAUUAUCUUAGACUCCAUUGCUAUCCUUUGGAGAAAUAUGCAUCUGAAUGGCCAUCAAAUCCCUCCACUUUCAAGGAAAUUGUGAGCAAAUACUGCAUCCAAAUUCGAAACCUUGGAGCGAGAUUGCAGGAGGACAUAUCAAAGAGUUUAGGGCUGGAAAAAGAUUGCAUAAAGAACAUUUUGGGGGAACAAGGACAACAUAUGGCCAUUAACUAUUAUCCACCAUGUCCAGAGCCCGAGUUAACUUUUGGUCUUCCCGCUCAUGCUGACCCAAAUGCUCUUUCUAUUUUACUUCAAGACACGCAAGUUGCAGGCCUGCAAGUCCUCAAGGAUGGCAAAUGGCUUGCAGUUAAACCCCUCCCAAAUGCUCUUACUAUCAACAUUGGUGAUCAAUUACAGGGACUGAGUAAUGGCAAAUACAGAAGUAUUUGGCAUAGAGCUGUAGUAAAUGCUGAUAAAGCAAGAAUUUCAGUAGCUUCAUUUUUAUGUCCAAGCAAUGAUGCAGUAAUCAGUGCACCAAAGGAACUCACUAUUGAUGGAUCUCCAGCCAUUUAUAGAGACUACACGUAUGCAGAAUAUUACAAGAAAUUCUGGGGCAGGAGCCUGGAUCAAGAACACUGUUUGGAACUUUUCAAGAAUUAA